AUAUUUACAAAUAUGAGAUCAAUUAUUAAAUUGAUCCUUAGGAUUUAUUAAUAUCAUCAAUAAAAAAACGACUAUAACACAGAUUUUUAAGAUCAUUGCUACGUUCAAGCGCCCACGUGUAAGUUCAGAUUUGGCGCCUCAUGUUUAUAGUCCAGAUGAAAUAUUUGAGACUAUUGACAAAGCUACAAAACAGGAUGAGGAAAUGUUGAAAUAUUUUUAAAAAAAGUUAUAAAAAUAUUAUUUAAAAAAUUUGAUAUCGAUGUGGCGUCUACUAAUAGCAGUGUAUGUUCUGCACGCCCGCUUACGGCGGCCCUGGAGAUUUCAAUUGUAUAAAAGCAAUGUUACUCAUGUCACGUCACAUUUAGCGUAAAAUCGGCAAGAUAGUAACAGUUUUACUCUGUGCGCGAACAAAUAACGCAUGUCAGUGAUUUCUUCGAGAUUCGAACUAUAGUCAAUACAAUUUCAGCACAACAAUGAACAUGGGAAUCAAGAUACUGAUGACCAAGAUUGUCAUUUUAUUCAUUAUAGGUAAUCAUAUAGUAAAUAGCGGUCUAUUAGGAAGUCUAUUUAAAACAAAUUGGCGUGGUUUUUCACGCUCUAUUCCACAUCCAAUUGAAUCUAUAAAGUUAGAAAAUAUUAAACUUCCCCCUAUAUCACUUCCAAAAGAAGAGCUAAAUUUCAACAAUUAUUUUAAUGAUUAUCACCCGAUAAUUCCGCCACCAGAUGAGUUCACAUCAGAUUUCAUGUCGCAUGUUGAAUCACAUAGAAAUGAGGAACCAAAUUUCAACAACAAAGAGUCCUAUUUUCAUUAUGAUCCCAUAAUUCCGCCACCAGAGGAUUUUUUAUCACAUGCUGGGUCACGUAGAAAUGAGGAGCCAAAUAUCAACACACACACACACAACGAGGAGACCAAUUUUCAUUAUAAUUUGAUAAUUCCGCCACCAGAGGAUUUUUUAUCACAUGCUGGGUCACGUAGAAAUGAGGAGCCAAAUAUCAACACACACGCACACAACGAGGAGACCAAUUUUCAUUAUAAUUCGAUAAUUCCGCCACCAGAAGAUUUUAUAUCACAUGCUGAGUCACAUACAAAUGAGAAUUCCGUAUCAGAUUGCAUAUCUAAGUGUAGAGAUAGUUCAAUUUGGACGGCUGUGAUUGAGGGAAUUGCGUCCGGGACUGCGGGCGGAAUCGUAGCCAUUGCCUUAAGUGGCGAUAAUCCUACGUCGUCUGAGAAAACUAACAAUACAUACCCUAGCUUAAGUGAGCCUCAACGUAACAAAUCGAUUUCUGACAACAAAAUAAAGUUUGUCAAUGUAAAUUUGCAGAACAAAACUGAGAAAGACGCUAUCGCGAACAAUACUUCUUUGUCUUUACUGAACAUCAAACCGCAACCAUAUAAAAACCGAACAAUUGAAAGUUUGCUGCCAUUGUACAAAGAGUCUUGGAUGAUUGGAUGCAGCAUGUUUCAUUCUUUUAACAAGUGUACAAAUAAAAAAGAGAAACUCGAUAAGUUUCUGGAGACCAACGAACUUAACACAACGAGGAAGUUCCUAUUCGAUCAGAAAUUAAUUGAGAAUAGUGAGCUCAUAAAUAUUCUAAAUAAAGCCUGGAAUUGGUUUGAAAAGGAUAACAUAAAAGGGAAGCUUGAAAUUCAUUUUACACUGAUAAAAGCGCUAUCGCGUACCAACCCUUGCGGAUAUAUAAAGAACGUGAAAUUGACGUCGAAAGGUGACAUGAUUAAGAUAAGUUUUAAUACGCCAAACAAUGAAAACUGGAAGAAAAUCAUGGACCACGAUUUUUCACCUCAAUUGGAAAUCGUUCUUUACACAAUAUGUCCCUUUUUAUACUUGCAGAAAGAUUGUCCAGUUUCAUUAAAAGGAAGAGAUAUUAUCCUCGUUAUUCCCAAAUAUGAUUAGCAGAUUACAAAUUUUGUGCAAUAAAUUUAAAUUUUGAUAUAUUUAAAUUAAAACAAAAGGCCUUUUGAGAUUUUCUAAGUUAGAUAGAAAUUCAAAUCGACAUCCAAAAA